AUGGAUGGAAGGAAUGAUGCUGCAAUUGCUGCUGCUUUGGAGGCUAUGGCUCAGGCAUUGGAACAUCAACGUCGGCGAGAAUGCUGUAUCUCGCAGUUUGGCUACUUUCCAGAGAGAGAGUCCGCCUGCCUUCAAGGAAUUUAUGAGGAGGAUAAUAAUGCUUAUUACAAGGUUGUCAGUGAGAGAAUAGGUAAGCACCAACAAAAUUGUGGUAAGCCUUACGAUGCUCCAGCUGGAAAAGGUAAACAGAAAGCUGCUCAGGGUCAGAGAACUAGUGGGGGAGACGCUCCUGCUAGUAUUGUGUGCUUCAAAUGUGGAAAACCCGGGCAUAAGAGUAACAUGUGUAUUGCUGAAGUGAGAAUGUGUUUCCGUUGUGGUAAGUUUGGGCAUGAGAUAGCUGAUUGUAAACACAAAGAGGUUAUAUGUUUCAACUGUAACGAGGAAGGACACAUCAGUACUCAGUGUCAGAAGCCGAAGAGGGAGCAGCUUGGUGGAAAAGUGCUCGCUUUGGCUGGGACUCAAACAACCAAUGAGGAUAGGCUUAUUAGAGGUACAUCCUUCAUUAAUAGUAUUCCUUUAAUUACUAUUAUUGAUAUUGGUGCUACACAUUGUUUUAUUGCUGCUGACUGUGUGAAAAAGUUGAAUCUUUAG